AUGGCAUCCGAUGGAGAGUGGGUUGCAGGGAAGCAGGUGGAGAGCCCCCUGGAGGUCUAUGAUCAGAUCGCGAGCAAUUCCUUGAAGGCUGCCUCAGUACAAGUAAACGAGAAGACUUUGUUCUACUGCUUGCAGCCCAAGGAAGCUUUGCCGAAGGAAGCAGCUCGGCUUUGUUCCGCCAACCUCAGCAUGAGGUGCAACACAUGCAUCAAGCGCAUCCCGGUCUUCGCACAGCUCCUGGGCGCUGAGGGGAAGCAUGUCUACCUCAAGGAGGAACUGGAUGACGCGAAUGUGAAGGCACUUCGAUCCAUGCGCAACAAGAUCAAGAGCAGCGAGCCUGCUGACUACCAUCUUUUGCCGAUUGACGAGGAAUUCUUCCAGGCCAAUCCCAAGGAGGUGGGUCCUUUUAGUCACGUGCACUUCUUGAAAGAGCAGGUCUCCGAUGCCCAGCUCAGCGAGAGGCUCAAGAAGCUGAAGAAUUAUCUCAACGCAGCUUUGAGAACCGCUUCCAAAGAUUGGUCAACGACCCCAGUUCCCUGA